UCUCACUGACACUUCACACUUGAGCCUUCUGAUUGAUUUCUGUGCUGGAAACAUUUCAGUUAGGUCAGGUUUUCCUCCUCAGAGUGAUCCCUCCUGUUAGCAGUCCUAUCUCUGCAGCUGUAGUUCUUCACUUCCUGGACACCUCAGCUCCUCCACUCUGUGUUUUCAUCACGGUGCUGCAGGUUCGUGCUCCCCGGGCUCCUCUAACCUCAGCUCCGGCUUCAUAUCCGUCUGACAGCCGCGGCUGUCUCCCGCCUCAACCCGGACAACGAACCGGAUCUGCGGCUGGGUCUCAAACUGUGAGCCGGGGGAGCUAGCUGGGAGGCUAGCGGAGCGUUAGCCGAGCAGUAGCGGGGUGAAGGCUCGGUCCGGACGGCGGGCAGAGGGAGCGCAGCAUGGCCGGAGGAAAGCACAUCCAGGCGGCGGAGGAGAGGGCAGCGAGCCGGGGUCAGAGCGAAGCAAACAGGAAAUUGAAGUACAUCAGUCUGGCGGUGCUGGUCGUCCAGAAUGCAUCGCUCAUCCUCAGCAUCCGCUAUGUCCGCACGUUGCCGGGCGACCGCUUCUUCGCAACGUCAGCUGUCGUCAUGGCGGAGGUCCUGAAGGUCCUGACGUGUCUGCUCAUCAUCCUGCUGCAGAAGAGAUUCAAUGUGAAGGAGACGGUGUUGUUCCUGGUGGACUCCAUCUUGUUCCAGUACAAAGACACUCUGAAACUAGCCGUCCCGUCACUCAUCUACACUCUGCAGAACAACCUGCAGUACGUGGCCAUCUCCAACCUGCCAGCUGCCACCUUCCAGGUGACGUACCAGCUGAAGAUCCUCACCACAGCUCUGUUCAGUGUGUUGAUGCUGAGGAAGUCUCUGUCCAGAGUUCAGUGGGUUUCUCUGCUGCUGCUGUUCGCUGGAGUCGCCAUCGUACAGGUCCAGCAGGAGGGGAAGAAGGAGGCGUCGGUGUCGGGCAGCUCCAACCAGAACUACACGGUUGGUUUGGUUGCCGUGGUGAUCAGCUGCCUGUCAUCAGGGUUUGCCGGUGUUUACUUUGAGAAGAUCCUGAAGGGGAGCUCAGCGUCCGUCUGGAUGAGGAACGUGCAGCUGGGGAUCUUCGGCAUGGCGCUCGGCAUGUUGGGACUGUGGUGGAAUGACGGCGCUGCCAUCGCCGAGCAUGGCUUCCUGUUCGGCUACACCGGCAUGGUGUGGUGCGUGAUCUUCAACCAGGCGUUCGGCGGGCUGCUGGUGGCCGUGGUGGUGAAGUACGCCGACAACAUCCUGAAGGGCUUCGCCACUUCCUUCUCCAUCAUCGUCUCCACGGUGCUGUCCGUCUACCUGUUCGGCUUCCACGUGGACCUGCUCUUCACGGCGGGGGCGGGGCUCGUCAUCGGUGCCGUCUACAUGUACAGCCUCCCCAAAGCGUCCGGCGGAUCUUCGUCCCCGAGCUCCUCCUCGUCUUCCUCAGCGACUUCUGCGUCGCCGAGAACGAAUGGAGGCGCCGAGAUGGAAAUGGAGGAGUUUCUGCCAAAAGCUCAGGGAGGCGUCACGUCUCCUCCUCCUGCCGUCCACUUCACAGACUAACUGCUCAAAGCACAACAGGAGGAGGAGGAGGAGGAGGAGGAGGAAGGAGGAGGAGGAGGAGGAAGGAGGAGGAAGAGCACUGACCACCUGUCUGUCUGUCUGUUUCCUGUCUAGCCCUCUCUGCCUUAAAACUCUUAACUUUACUAACUGAGUGAAAAGAGGAAAAGCCUUAUUGAUUAUUGAUCAUAUAUUGAUUAUUGUUGCUGGAGGAGAAUCUGCAGAUCGAUCAGAUACUGAUCAGAUGAAUGUUUUCACUGUGCAGCCGUCGGCGGGUUCAUCAGCUCACUGAAAUGUUUCUGCGUCUGGCUGCAUCACAUAUUUAUCACCUUUGUAUAAAGACUGUAAUUAAUUAUUAUUUUCAUUAUCAAUCAUCUUUAUUAUUUUUGAUAAAUAAAUAAUUUAAAAAGUCACAGAACUGUAAAAAAUAUCUCAGAGUCCAAAGUGACGUUUUCAAAUGUUUUGUUUUGUCUGACCAACAGUCCAAAACUUAAUUACUCAGUUUAUUGAGACAUAAAAAAACUGACAUGUUUAAGAUUCUUAAAUAACUUAAAUGAUUUCUUUGUUGCUGGAACAAUCAAAUUUACUAUUUAAUGUAGGACGUUAAAAAAAAUUUCACAGUUUUUGUGUCAUAACAGAAGUGAUUUAUAUUAUAUUGAUUUGUAUUUAUGGAGUUCCUGUUUUUUUUUCAGCUUCAGAAUUCAUUUCAUCCUCCAAGUUCCAAGUUUUACUUUAGUGUCAUACACAUGAAAAAUAAUAAUAACUUUAUUUGUAUAGCUCAGUUCAUACAGCGAGUGCAACUCAAAGUGCUUUACACAAUAAAAUGAGAAAAUACAGAUUAAAGACAGAAUGAGAGGGUAAAUAAGAUUCAAAGAUACAAUCACACAUCAACAAAAAAAGCGCAUUAGGUUUGAUACUGAUGAGUUCAAGCUUCAUAAAUGCAUUUUCCUGGAUCUGUCGGCCCUUUCAAACUAUAUUUACAUAAGAAACAAAUCAAAGACAACAGUAAUAAUAAUAAUAAUAAUAAUAAAUGCUAGAGUAAUAAAUCACUGAGUUAUUUUAAACAGAAUAACUCCUCAAACAUCUUCCUCUCUCGUCAUGAAGUCCAAACAGCUUCAGUCUGUUUCCAGCAGACCACCGAGCACUACGACCCUGUGUACUAACUACUAACUGCUAAUGUCCACAAAGAAGGAGACAGAAUUUCCCAAGAAGUCGAGACAAGUUAAGAAGCCUUUAACAUCAUCCUCUGAGGCUGAAACAUGAAGCCAAACCUGCAGUUCCUCUAAUGUCCACUAGAGGCUGGCUCCAACAGUGAGUCAGUCCCCACAGACGUCCAUGUUCACAUGUAGAAAUAAACAUGUUUACAGCCUGGUACAAAAACAGUUUGGUCUCUAGAGAUAAUUUCCCACUUUGUGAUAAUUGUACGGGAGCGAGAUCAGAUCCACAGCUCCGCCCUCUCGCCCAAAUAUGGUAAUGCUGAACUAGAGGCUUUAAAAUGAGAGUUAACAAACCAGUGGGUGACGUCACAGUAGCUACGCCCAACCAACAACCAAAAACCAACAUUUUUGACCCUGAAGAACGGUUGAUAAGUGUCGUUGUGUUUUAUCAUGUAGCCGUUAUUAAAAAAAGGCUUUUUAACUUCCAUAGCUGCACUGUUCGGGAAAUUCAUUCACAUUUUGUGGAUAUUAAAUGAAUUAAUUCAGGGACUGUUCUUUAUUAAUCGGAGGACGGGUGCGGCUGGGGUGUGAGGGUUUUUUGUUUGUUUGUUUGUUUGUUGACCUUUGAACCUCGAAUAUUUCUCCUUGACCCUCCCUGAGUGAUGGCAGGGAAAUCCAUGACCCGCCUCCAUAAAUGAGUUAUUAGAUUUCUAAAACAUCGAUCGAAUUUGUUCAGAUUUGGUUAUUUUUUUGUUUUGUUUUGUUUUUGUUUGUUUUCAGAUGGAAGCGUCCGUCACACAUGAUGUGGCCAAGGACCGUCGGAAAUUUGAAUAUCUAACCAUAAUUUCUGUUUUUACAGUUUCUGGCUGAUGAGUGGUGUAAACCACCAAAAUGUGGAUGGCGAAAUACAGCCGUUUAAAUUUGUAUGCCCCGCCCCUAAGCCCUUUUUGAACCAAACACCCCCCCCAAUAAAUAAGGAACAGUCCCUGUUAGAUAUUUUGCCACCUGAUUGUCGCAGGACACAGUGACUGUAGAUUUGUGAUUUUAGCAUCAGUUCAAAACCUUAAAGAUUGUUAAAGUUCAGAGAGUGAUCAGCUGACCUGUGAGAGUGCGUCUGUGUCAGUGCUCGGUGUCAUAAGUAACUCAGCACCAGGCCGCAUCAAAACGUCUACCGUCAAAUGAUGAUCGAUCCUCUCGCUGCCCAAAUCUAGAACAAAAGACAGUUUGUGUGGUUUUGCUGGCGGCCAAUCACAGCAAGCGUUCUUGGAUUUAAUGUGAUGUGUGAUGGGCCCACUGCAGCAGCAGCAGCUACAACACACACUGUCUGUGAGGUGGUGACGUCGUGUGUUUAACGGCAGUUUAGCACCGAGAGGCCACCAAACAUUCAAAGGUGUGGCUGUGCGACACAGCUGUGGCGUCUCGUGGCUUUUUACACACUGUUUUUUUUUUUGGUUUGUUUUUGAGAUUACGAGGUGGAAUUGUGACAUCGUCAUUACUAAUCAACGUGUUUAUUCUCAUUAGGUGUUGAUCAUUAUUGAUGACAUGAGGGAACCAUUUCAGCUGAUCGAUCAGACCGAACGAAUCGUUAGAAGAGUCACUUUUGGACUAAACAUGGGCUUUACGGUGUUUUUGACAUUUCUUAGGAUCAAUGAUAGAAAAAUAAUCUUUAUAAUAAUCAGUAUCAAUAAUGUAAUCAAUACAUAUCAUUAGCUGGAUUUAUCUGACAGUUUCAGCUGUUUAUCAGCUGAUGACAUCUUUUACACAGAAUGUUUUUGUUUUUUAAAUUGAUGAUGAUUGAUUAUUGUUGGCGUGGAGCUGCUCAGUGAAAACAUGUCACAGGUCAAACUUGGCUUCCUGUCGGCGUCCACGUUGAGACGUUUGUGUUCGGUGCCUUUCCUUCUCAUCUGUACAGAAGCCAUAGGAUUGUGUCGGUGUGACGUGUACAGUCGGUUCACACACAACAGCUGGAACUCUAAAGUCUUCACACAGGAGGGGCGGCGGCCUCAUCACGCAGAGACACUGACCUCAGAUCAGCCGCAGCUGUGACGGGACUGUGCUCGCUGAGCCGAGCAGCUUUUUAACAAUGAAUGAAUCAUAAUGACUAACGUUUGUCCUGCCGCGGGCGUCUUGUUGAAGAAGACGUCCUGCGCAGGCGUCCUGAAUGUUUUUCUGUCAGUACGACGGGCGAGUCAGUCGGUCAGAGACGAGUCGUGUUCGUCCGUCGAGCUGCAUCCUGUUGUUUACGUUGCUGAUUGACUUUGGGAGGAAGUUUGAGUUGUUUUUGUCUCCAUGUCGCUGCAGGAGGUGACGAACACCUGAGCCCCAGAGUCUGGUUAUAAUACGAACCGCCUGAAUCCUCCAGGUCGACACGGAGACACGAGUCUUAAACAUUCAGUUGAAGGCAGCACAUAUAUAAUUACCUGAUCUCUUUCAGGCCCCGACUUAUUGUCUUCACCCUCGAGUAUUCUCUCAGCUUAUUGAUGAAGAGUUUGGUCAAUAAAAAAGCAGAAAAUCAUGAAAUUCGCAGUUGUUGAUGGUCCGAGGUGACGUCCUCACGUCCUGUUGUAUCGACUCACCGUCGGAAAGCCCCAAAUAUUCAGUUUUCUGAGAAAUAAAACCAAAAGCAGAAGAAAAGAGCAGCAGGAACCAGAAAGUGUCCGACAUUUAUGUUUGGAGAAAAGAGAAUAGUUUCAGAUUAUUUUCUGACUAAUCGACGUGCUGCAGCUUCAGGCCUCUCGAUCAUGUGAGUCAGUCCAGUUUUAAGCAGCUAGUGUCUAUUAACUUUCUGUGGGACUCACAAACAAAAUGAUUUCUUUAAUAUUGAAGUUUAUUUAGUGACGUUAACUCAUUGUUUGCUCAGAUAUUAAGUAAAUAUGAAAAGUUAUUGAAACCCACAUUUGAAAACGACACAAAAAACCCCUGAAGUUUCUCUUUAGGAACUUUUUAUUUUAGUUUAAAUUGCAAUACUUUGCUGUAUUGACUUUUUCCCCACUUCUACUGAUCAGAGUCUGCAGGCAACAACAGAACACCAGAGAGGUCGGCGUUAGUUUCUCAGUGAUCAUAAAAACAUUACUGUGGGAUCUCAAACACAAACACACGCGGAAGACUAACUGAACCUGACCGGUGCUUUGUCACUGGACCUCUGUGCUUCUCAUAAAGAAGGAGAAGAAGAUAUACUUUAUUAAUCGCCGAGGGAAAAUUAAAUUUUUGCUUACAUUAUAUAGAGAGAUGUCAGAGUGAGGGGGCUGCCUUGGACAGGCGGCCCGAGCAGUUAGGGCUUCAUUGCCUUGCUCAAGGGCACCUCGGCAGUGCCCAGGAGGUGAACUCUCCAGCUACCAGUCCAUGCUCUAUAUGUGGUCCAUACAGGGACUUGAACUGGCGACUUUCUGGUUCCCAGCCAAAGUCCCUAUGGACUGAGUUACUGCUACCCGAUGGACUGGCCGUUAUGAACACCAUGUGUGAGCGUGGGGUGGUUCAUGGGUUUGGACCAAAAGUAAACUGGUUCAGAACCUGAAAAGUUGAUUUCUAACUGGAACCAAAGAAUUGCAGGUUUUCCUCGACCUGAAGUGCGAAUAAUAACGACAUCGGUGGCGUGUCACCUUGUGCAGGUUGGAAACAGACGACAGAGAAGUUGAGUGAAAAAACAGAGGAGUGCAGCGGUCUCAUUAAUAUUCGGUCUAUGCUUGUUCUUUUGGGUAAAAACAAAUAAUGUUUGUUCUGGGGUGGUUUGUAGCCGAGUGUGAAGCGGGCGGGAUGAGAGUCUCAGUCUGAGGUCAUGGUUCUCUGAUGGAGAACGGUGGAUUGUUCCCUCUGUGUUGGAAGAGAGUUACUGCCCCAGGCGUAGAGUUCUCUGGGUCUUGUUCACAAGUGAGGGUGAAAUGGAGCGUGAGAUGGACCGGCGAUUUGAAGCUGUGACCGCAGAGAUGUUGGCGAUGGGCCAGACCAUUGUGGUUCAGAGGAAGCUGAGCCAGAGGGCAAAGCUUUAGUUUGAUCCAUCUGCGUCCCAACCCUCAGCUAUGGUCAUGAGCUCGGGGUAGUGACUGAAAGAAUGAGGUCACAGAUACAAGCGUCUGAAAUGAGUUUCCUCUGUAGGGUGUCUGGGCUCAGCCUUAGAGAUAGGUGGAGGAGUCAGACAUCUGGAGGGAGCUCGGAGUAGAGCCGCUGCUCCUUCAUGUUGAGGUGGUUCAACAUCUGAUCAGGAUCCUCCUGGUCCAGCUGGUAGGAGGCCCCGGGGCAGACCCAGAACACACUGGAGGGAUUAUAGAUCUCAUCUGGUCUGGGAACACCUCGGGGUCCUCCAGGAGGAGCUGGAGGAAGGAGCUGAGGAGGGGGACGUCUGGAGCACUUUGCUCGGCCUGCUGCGACCUGAUCAGUAUGAAUGCAUUGUUGGAUGGACUAAACUUUACCAUUAUCAACUCUCAAGAAAUCAGGAUUAAAAUUGAGAUUGUCGUGUUUUCUUUCAGCAGUGACAAAUAAUUCCUUCAUGAAAAAGAGAAAAUGAUUCAUCGAUAAUCAGACUUUCUGUAGGAAACUGAUCUCAGGACGGAGAAAUGUUGGAGCUUCGUUGUUCUUCAGCUCCUGCGAACGACAUGGAGACAAAACACAAAAAAGUAACGACCUCCCAAAGUGCAGAGAAAACUUUAAAUAGUUUUUCUGUUUCUUCUAAUCACAGUUUGAUUUCAUUGGAAGUGAAACGAAGGCAAAAAGAAAACAAAGACGUCAUUUUGUUGUUUUCUGUUUUUGUAAAAACAGUUUUUGUCUUUUGGGAACCCAAAAAUAUAAAUAUUAAUAUAUGAAUUGUUUUUAUUUAAUGUGGGAAUGAAAGGUUGAUCUGUGGGGUUUGAUUUUUUUUUUUGGGUGGUGGUGAAAGAGGAGGAAGAGGAAACUCUGCAGGUUGUUCCAGCUCUUUGUGACGGCCAAUCAGAGAUGUUUAUUAUGUUGUCGCCAUAACAAGUUCGACAAAAUCACAGUUUGGAAUUGUUUUUUGUUUUGAUCACAAAUGAAGUUUAGUUUGGUGAAAAUGUGACUUUUUGUUUUUGCUGUUGCACCAAAUUUGAAACUAAAUAUUAAGAUUGAAAAAAUCCUCGAAGCACAGCUGAACUUUGGGUUAAUUUUUUUUUAUUUUUUUUAAUAAGUUGCACAGAGAUUUUUUUUUCUCCAUAAACAAAGUGAAACGAAAAAAUAAUUAAAAACGAGCUUUUUAAAUUUGAGCUAGACUUUAUGAAUUCCAAGUAGUUUUCAUUUUCAGAAAUCAACAUCCGUAAAUCCACUUUGAUCCGUCUGGAGCGCCACCUGCUGGUAGUUUAACAGAAGCCCUGUGGACAGACUGUCUCAAGGAUCCUCAGCAGGAUCUGUUUGUUCCUCAUUGGACGCUGCAGGUGAAGAACCGUCCAAUAGGACCGACAGAAAUCUCACAGGACGUGUUAAACUUCCUCUUCCUGUCUGGGCAGGAAGUUUGUGUUUGUGUGAAAUCUGUUUGUCGGCUCGGACAGUUUUCAUCUGUUAGUUUGCACUUGAUUGUUGACUUGUACCAAUGCCUCUCAACCUGUAAAUACUUCUUUUGCUAAAGUUUUAUAUAAACAAGGACAUGGACUCAAA